GCCGGGAAGAGUGUGGAGGAACUGCUGGAGAUCCUAGAGAGGCAGGAGAAGAUCCUCCGCAACCGGAAAUUUAUUGCCAGUUUGCCAGACAGAGGAAAGAAGAUUCUAGCUUACACAGAAAAAGUAAGAGCUGCCAUUGAGGAGCAUAAAAGAUUGCAAAAGACAUCUGACUUGAUUUCAAAAUUCAAAUUGGAAUUUGAAGAAAAGCAGAAUGAAGUCAAAGAGAAAACUAAAUUUUCUAAAGAUGCAAGUAACCCUUCAUUAUCAAAGAACACAUUAAAUAAAGAAGGUCCAUGUAAUGUGGAUACAACUGUCUCUCCUUUUACAGCCGAUACUGUGUCUGAAAUGAGCCAUAAAUCUAAUGUAGAUGUGGGUAGCCCCCUGGUACAGGAGGAUAAGAAUCAAAAGACUGCUAAAAACGAUGCUGGUACAGCUAAUGAUUUGGAAGAUGGUUUGAAGAUGAUCAGUGUUAACGAGAGCCUGAAAGGGGAAGUGAUGGUUCACCUAAUCAACCAGAAAACCCUUCACACCCCUUUACAAAUCAGUCACAUUUCCUGGAAGUUAUAGAGAAGAGGGCGAAGAGUCCAGUUCAUCGAAAGGAAAAAUUCAGAACAAACAGUUUGCCGUCAGACUCCAAUUCCUCAACCCCCAAUCAGUCACCAGGAGAGAGGGCACUUAGGCUGUCUGCGGAAGAGAGAAGAGCUCAGGACAGGAAACAUCUGGAUGACAUCACUGCAGCUACACUUCCACCACUCCAUCAUUCACCAGCCCUGUUACUACCUCUCGAGGAAUCUCUGACUCUACAGAUAGAACAGAAAAAGACUUAUGAGGAAAACCAGGCCAAGCUUGCAGCUCAAAAGCUAUUUGAGAAGCUGAAUAUUAAGAUGGAACCUCAUAACCCUGAGGGAGAUUCUUACAUGAAAUACCGGGAUCAGAGAGAUGACGAAAACAAUGACUGA